AUGGAGAAGCUCCUGUUUUUCCGCCGCCGCCGCAAGGAAGGAACGGAAUCGGUGCCAGAGUUGCAACGCAUGCACGCACAAGUAGCAUCCGCGGGCAUCCCUAGAGCCAAGGCGUUUCCCUCCAUCGAAUUUUCAGCGCCGAAUCCAGCGAUAAAGAGAGGAGGAGGCGCCAGCACAGGAAGGAAGGAAAAGGAGGAGAAAGCGAGGAGGAGGCGUAGCUCACCUGCGGCAGCGGGGCUGGGGAGACGAGGAUGCCCGGACGGAUGUGGCGGCCGCGCGCGGGACGGGACAGGGAUGGGGGGUGGCGGCGGCGGCGUCUGCACGGGCGCCGCGAUUCGCGCCAGGAUUUGGUACAACAACGUCCCUCACCCAAAGCUGGUGGAGUAUAAGAAAGAUCAGAACUGGGUUACAAGAUUUGGUGAUUAUCUUGUUUUUCCUGGAGGUGGAACUCAAUUCAAAGAUGGCGUGGGAAGAUACAUUCAGUUUGUUGAACAGAUUAUGCCAACCAUACAAUGGGGAAGGCGCACAAGAACUGUCUUGGAUGUUGGAUGUGGUGUUGCCAGCUUUGGUGGAUACCUGCUUGACAGGAAUGCCAUUACUAUGUCAUUUGCCCCAAAAGACGAGCAUGAGGCUCAGAUACAGUUUGCCCUAGAGCGUGGAAUUCCAGCAUUUAUAGCAGUAAUUGGAACACAAAAGCUUCUGUUUCCUGAUAAUGUGUUCGAUGUUGUACACUGUGCAAGGUGCAGGGUCCAUUGGUAUGCAAAUGGUGGAAAACCAUUGUUGGAGCUUAAUAGAGUACUGAGGCCUGGAGGAUAUUUCAUUUGGUCUGCAACCCCUGUCUACCGUCAAGAGCAAAGAGACCAAGAUGACUGGAAUGCAAUGGUUACUCUGACUAAAUCAAUCAGCUGGAGAACAGUGGUAAAGUCUCAAGAUGUCAAUGGAAUUGGAGUUGUUAUAUAUCAAAAGCUAGUAUCGAAUUCUUGCUAUGCUGAAAGAAAGACCAAUGAGCCCCCUCUAUGCUCUGAGAGAGAUGGAUCACGCUUUCCUUGGUAUGCUCCUCUUGAUAGUUGUCUUUUCACAACUGACAUUACCACUUCAGAUGAAAGAUAUAAUUGGCCUGAUCCAUGGCCUGAAAGACUUGAUGUUAGCUAUGCAAGUGUACCUGAUGAUUCUGCUUCUAACAAAGAGAAGUUUGAAGCUGAUACAAAGUAUUGGAAACAACUCAUUUCAGAAGUAUAUUUCAGUGACUUCCCAUUUAAUUGGUCAAGCAUUCGCAAUGUAAUGGACAUGAAUGCUGGGUUUGGAGGGUUUGCCGCAGCACUCAUUGAUCAACCUUUAUGGGUUAUGAAUGCUGUGCCAAUUGGUCAACCAGAUACCUUGCCACUUAUUUUCAACAGAGGUUUGAUUGGAGCUCAUGACUGGUGCGAAUCUUUCAACACCUACCCUCGUACCUAUGAUCUUCUCCACAUGAGAAAUCUCAUUGGAAAUCUUACAAACAGGUGUGACCUCAUCGACGUGGUGGUUGAAAUCGAUAGAAUACUGAGACCUGGAAGAUGAUUUGUGUUGAAAGACACGUUAGAGAUGAUAAAGAAGAUACGCCCAAUCCUGAAGUCCAGACACUAUGAAACUGUCGUCGUGAAACAACAAUUUCUUGUGGCUACAAAGAGUUUCUGGCGUCCUGGCAAACCAGCUUCCACAUCAGGGUGACAUAGAGAUCGUACU